AUGGCGUUGCCCCUCACCCUUCCGGGGUUUACGGAUCCAGCUGCGGGCGCCCGCCGGAUGUUGGCAGCGCAGGUGGAGCAGCUGAACCAGUGGCAGUGGGAUGGCUGCAACAGCUGGAGCGGGGCUGGAGGUCGGCACGAAGACCGGAACGGAGAAGCUGGAACAAUGGCGGAGACAGUCCAUUCCGUCCUCGACUGGGCUUUCAGCAUCGAGGGCUCCGACUUGGCUUCAGCUUGCCGCGCUGUGAGAGACAAGUUGCACAUCCUGGAUGUGGUGCAGGUCGUCCAGGACUUCAUAGCUAGCCUGCUGUACGUGACAGUGGCUGCGGAGCCCCAGCCCACGCCACAGGGCCAGCAUGCAAGCACCAAGCAUCAGCUUGCCGAGUUUCUGUAUCAGCUGUGUGGGCUGAGCGAGCCAUCUGAGCAAUCCAGUAGCAGCGCGAAUGUCCGGGCAGCAUUGGUAGAGCCGUGCAAAUCUUGUGUCUGUUGCCACAUCGCGAUUCAAGAAACUAUGGGCUUCCUGUGCUUCGUUCACCACUUCGUGACGACGUCCAGCACAGCCUCGAUGGGCCCAGAGCACCUUCCAAGGCAUAUUGAAGAGGGUGUUCUCCUGAUGCUUCACAUCGUGGUCAAGCUGUGCUCCAGUGUCCAUGACGACUGCUUCCUUGUAGCCCAACGCUUUGAUCAUCUACAAUGGUGGCCACGGUACGAACGGCUGAGACGGGACUGUCCCGUGACAUCAUGGCCGCUGACCACAUGGGCAUCCUUCCAGCAGGCCUGGCUGGACAUGGAACAAGCCGUCUUCAAGCUGCAGAAGAGGGUUGCCCUCUUCCAAAUGCAGACAGGGCAGCGGUCGGGGCGGCGGGGACCAAGACAUGCUCGGCCGUCUGCUGGCUUCGUCAGCUUUCCUCCGCCGCUUCCGAAGGUGGAACUGGCUGGCAGCUAG